CAUAAAGGUGUUCUAGAUUUAAUGUGUACUUGUGCUGUGUUGCUGUGUUUGGUUUAGCUUUAUUGAUUUUAAAAAUUCUAUUAGAGAUAGCAGAAGAAAAACUGUAUGAGAUGGUUCCAAUCCAUAGAAUGCCUGGCGUUUCCGGUGCUAAAUAGGAAACGAUUCUUAAUUUUUAAGUCGAAUUGCAAAUUAUGCUGUGAUAUAGUGUUCCUGCACUACCAGGUAUAUGCAACGUAGUCAGUGAGUCUGGAUUCACAGAAAUAGGUUCUAGAAAACAUCAACAGCUUCUGACAAACUCGUUCAAAAAAUAAUAAGAUGAUUGUUGUACUUUAGUUUCAAAUAAAGUCACUGAUAAAAUUAACUUGAUAUUAAUAGCCAUCUUUACUUGAAAAACUCGUCAGAGAAACUGGAUUCUUCAUUCAGGAAACGCACUUUUCUUGACGUACAUUUUACAGACGUUACUUCUACAGAGAAUGUCUGACAUCGAAUAUUUCCGGAUACGUCCAUGUGAGAAGACGUUCAGUAUGUUAAACAGAUUGGAUUGUAUUAAUACAAGGAUCCAGUGGCUGGCAGUGAUAAGUGUCAUCUUUGGUUUUCUGGUAUUCUUUUCUCUAAAUCAAACAAAUUGGGGAGAAGUGAUUGCGACAUUGACGACUCAGAGCAAAGUGCUGAACAAUGAAAGCGAUGCGAGUCUCGACUCUUUAAAUCACAAAAUGAAUUGUAAAUCUAAGACUGUUUGUGGGACACACUGGCGUCUGGUCAGUUGGGAGGAUGCUAUAAAGGCUUUCUCUGAUCAGACGAUGGACGCCUGCAAUAACACCUGUGACACAAGUGAUAACGCUUCUGAUUGUUCUAGUUUCACCAAAGAAGACUGGAGCAGGCGACUUACUGCUGGAGACUUUAUUGCGAGACCUUUUCUGAAAGAUGGGAUGUAUAUUUAUGAGUUUGAAAAAGAAUACUUGAGUUAUCCCCCGUUGGAAGAUAUGAAGCAGUUACCGGUCUUGAAUUUAUCAAAAAUCACAGUGUUUGGAAGCAUUAACGACACUGUCCACUGUGACAUUGGUGACGUCAUUAAUGGACGCGUGGACCUGGUGGACAGCUACGGCCAACCCAGACACAAAGGAGGAGAUGAGGUGAGAAUGUGGUUGGUCAGCAAGUCAGAGAAACAGUUCAGAACUUCCGGUCACGUAACAGAUCUGAACAAUGGCAGUUAUCUGUUUAAUGGACUUUGCCUCUGGCCAGGUAACAUCCAGAUCAAUGUAGCAGUUGUGUAUCCAAGUGAGUAUAUCAGGGCAACCAUACAUCAAGCUCAGCUGUCAGCUUCCAGAUUUAUUUACGGAAACUUUGUCAAUAACACUACACAGGAAGCUACAAUCUGUUGGAGUUUACCAAAUAUUAUUGGAAGAUCUUGUGUCUGUAACCUGACCCAUAUCACUGGCCAGUCUUUAUAUUGUGGUAAACCUACAGAUACAAGACUUACAUGCAAGGACUGGGCUGCUACCUCUGCAGCGCCCUUGAUACAACCUAUAAACGUGACGAUGCAAGAGAGGAACCUGAUCCAGAGAAUGCCGACUAAAUACAUUUUGAAGCGUACAAUUCCACACAACAUACAAUUGUUGGUAAACGAGAAAGGUAAACUUCCUAAACUUAAGCCGUGCUCAGAGACGUCUUUAAAUGUUACCUGGAAUCUUACAACACCAGGUGGAUUCUGGGAACCAAAUAUGAAAUGGACGUCACUGCAAUGUGAGAGACCGCCACUGUCUUCUCCCUGGGCGAUGAGCUGUCUGAAGAACACCACAAUAAUGAUUUUCGGAGACUCCAAUGCAGUAAGAGUAUUUAAUGUACUCAGUCAAGUUACACACUGCACAGGGCUAUCAUCAUCUCUAUGGCCUAAGGCUGGGACAUGUAGGAACAAAGACGCAAACAUUAUCCUAUCCUUUACACCCCACGAGUUACCAUUAUAUCAACAUGCUUCCUGGACCCCAAAACUGAAUUACAAAGGCGUUGCUGAACAGAUCUACACUACACCAUCUGUUGGUAAAUACAUCAUCAUUGUUCACUACUAUCUACAUGCGACACCUUCGCAUCUCAGCGUCGUCCAUUCAAGAAUCAAAUCUUUGGCUGAAUCAAUAAGACAUCUUGCACGCAGAAACCCGGAUGUGCUUUUUGCUUUCCGGGGUCCUCACGUGACUUCAUUUGACUGGGACAUAAAUCACACAACAGGAGGAGACAGUUUGGGUAAAUUCUACUUACAGCUUAUACAAGAAACCUUCCAGGACCUUAGAGAUAAAAUAGUUUAUCUUGAUGGCUGGGGAAUGACAUUAGCGAUAGAGAAUGCUGAAUUUCACCCGACUGACAGAGUGCCACAGGAAAUGAUAAGGACUUUGUUAUCGUUUAGGUGUAAUGAAACUGGAUAUGUACCAAGAUAGCAAUAAAUAAUAAUGGAAUUUGUUUUUAUUAAAUUACAGGUCCAGGUGACUUAGCCUCGAUCGUUUGAAUAAUUUGUUGAGGAGAUAUAUUUGAUUAUUUUGGAUCGGGUAAAGACUCCUAAUUCAAAAAGUUGCUUUAUUGUUCUUUAAGUUCUAAAUACCAAUGUUCAAAAUGUUUGUUUGUAAAAUGUUUGACAUGUUUCGGAUGUUCCUUCAGAGUUGAAGAUAAUUACUUCCUAGUCCAAACCUCCCGAAGGACGACGGGGGAUGGGAGCGGGCAGGGUUUGAACCCAGGACCAUUGAUAAAUCUGAACGACAGUCCAGCGCGCAAAUCGCACGACCAGGCAGCCAUCCAUGGCGAUUAGAAAAGUCUCCUAAGUCCCCAUACAGAACACUGGUAGGACAAAAUCACCUUCUUUUUUGAAGACAUAUCUGUGUUUCAUAAAAUAAGAUAAUCAAAAAAAUCGCAGUUCACGUCGAAUCGUUUACAUUGCCUAAAAGUAUUGGGCAAUUAUUGUCUUGGAAGUUAAACGUUCCAGUGUAAUGUCAUUGAUGGUUACGUUCAGACAUUAAUAUUGAUAUUUGUAUUGUUUCAGCAUAAAUCAAAGUAUACUUCAAGGUUAGGUAUACAAAAGAUUUAGAUAAUACAAACAUUUUUUUUUUGUAAAAUUUUUAUAAUAACACGUUUUAACAGCAUUAUAGAACUAUACUGUCAUAUUUACAAUUUAAUGUAAAAAAAAGAUUUAUUAUGAAAUAAAAUGCAAAUUUUUCUUUUUAAAACGCGUAGAGAGUUCUCUAUAUCAUUGUACUACAAACAUAAAAAACCGGAAAGGUCAUCUCUUCAAAGGCAAAUAACUGUUGGUAAAUUGGUCAUUUAUUUUCAAUUAAUAAAAGAAUUAUUAAAUUUAGAAUUUUAAGGUCAAAUGUAGUUUCAGCAUUAAUCAAAGUAUAAGUUACUUCAAGUUUAGGUAUAAAAAGGAUUACGUGUCUUUUUACAUUUAGCAGUAGUGGCGCACAUGUAAAGAGUUGGCUCUCCGAACCAAUAGUACAGUGUUCGAUUCUUUGAACAGGUAUAUUUCGUAUGUAUUUUUUAAAAUUCUUUUUUUUUAAUAUAUGAAAGUUGAUUUAAAUUAAAUAAAAAAGGUCAAAUUUGUCCAAAUAGCGCUUACGUUUAAAAAUAUUUAUAUCAUUAUUAGUCUCUAAAAUAAAAGCUUUAAUACAUGGUAAUAAUUCACCAGCACAAUAACAUUUAAGUAAAAGCUACAUACACAUCUCUACGCAAUUAAAGUGUAAACAAUUUAUAAAACCCUUAAAACAAUAAUACUUAACAUGCAUCUGCAAACUACAUUUCUUUUUUUCUCUUCCAUAAUUCCAUAAUACAUCAAUCAACAAUAAGAUGGUGCGCAAAUGUUUUAUUGGGCCAAUUUAUUCAUUAAAACUUGUUCUUGUUUGCGAAGAAAUGUUUGGUGUACUGCUGGAAGCCUAGUGACGUAAGCGGUGUCAAGUUUUUUUUCCCAUUGACAUGAUGGAAAAUUUUCAUUCAUAAAACAUUCUAGCCAAAAUUAAUACAUACAUACAAUAAUUGUUCGCUUAACAGUAUAGGAUUUAUUAGAGUAGACAAAUAUUAAUCAAUAAUAAAAUAAGCAGUUAUUUAACAGAUUUACCUAGAAUAGGUAAAGGUUAAUGUCCAUGCUAAUUCAUUUUACAGCAAUGUUUAGUUAAACAGUAAGGUUUUAUAAAACAUUCUAGCCAAAAUUAAUACAUACACGAAUUGCUCGCUAAAGAGUUUAGGGUAUUUUAUAUGAAACGUAAAUUUUGUAUCGCUAAAAUGACAAAAACAACGCACUAUAGCGUCAGUGGCUGGUGUCAACGGGUGCGUUGAGCUGGUAGUGUUCUUUAAUAAAAACCCUUUACGAUGUAUAUUUUCACAACAAAAUCUGACUUCGGUUUAUUGAUUUUGUUAAAACAUACUGGAGGCGCGGUGGCUGAGUGGUAAAUCGCUUGGCUUUCAAUUCGGUGGUCCCUGAAUCUACUCCUGGUAAAAACUUUGACUUUUAAUUGCGGUAUCUUGACAGUUCGUUUCUUUGCAUUUCAAAACAUUAAAUAUGAGAUUUUUGUUUGGUCAAUGGAUAGAAAUAAAAGGGAGAUUAUUGGUGUUUCGGGUGUACACUGUAUGUGAAGUGUUGAUGAUGUAAGAAUGCAGAAUAGUGGUUCCCAAACUUUUUUGUCUCGUAGACCACUUGCCAUGUUUUAUGGUUUUCGGUAGACCCCCUAAUUAACCUAUUGCUUUUUUGCAAAUUCAUCAACUUUUUUGUUACAACACUUUUCUAACUGUAGCGAGUUGUAGAGUGAAAAUGUAAUUUAAAGCUACACAUCAAGUUAUAGAGAUCUAUUUUUUUUUGUAUUGAUCAAAUUCAAAUUUAUACCAAUUAAAAUUACAAUUAAUAUUUAUUACUGGAAUCACCAAACACAUUGAAUUGUUUUUUUUUUCACGUCUAUUAUCCUUUGCUAUGGAUAGUAUGUCUCAGAAGUUUGUUUUUCUAUGAAGUAGUCCUCAAACAAUAACAUAUUAAUUAAUCAAUUAAUUAAUUUGCCUUAUUUAUCAUUGUAAAAGUUCUCGCAAAGAGCAGUUUCUCGUGUAAUCUUUCAUGUGUGGCUCAAAUAGUGGGUGCGUAGAACUGUUUUUACUAACAGAAGGAGCGAAGGCGAGUAACUGUCGCCUAAACUAGUAACUUCCAGCAGGAAGGGUUCAUUAGCCUUGGCAGUCUACCUUGCCGAAGGAAAACUGAAUUCAAACCUCUGCUGCCUUGCAGCUAUACCCGAACAUGGGAAAGGAUAAACCCUGUUAAAAAUAAGGAGCCGGCGACCUUUAGGGAGUUUGCAGCACACAGCGCAACACACUGUCAGAGCC